GCGUCGCAGGUUGGGCGGAAGUUGCGCGAACAGCAGGCUGUCAUCGGAGCAGCUAGCCGCCUGCUUUCUUAAAAACAAGUCAAAAUUGUCGCUUAAAUCGACGCCAAGUAGAAGUUAAGGUAGCUCCCGUAGGAACAUGGACGAAGACGUGUUGACAACUCUGAAGCUGUUGAUAAUAGGCGAAAGCGGAGUGGGGAAGUCCAGUCUCCUCCUGAGGUUCACAGACGAUACUUUUGAUCCAGAGCAGUCAGCCACAAUAGGUGUGGACUUCAAAGUAAAAACACUCGCUAUAGAUGGGAACAAAGCAAAGCUCGCCAUAUGGGACACAGCUGGACAGGAAAGGUUUCGCACUCUGACGCCCAGCUAUUACCGCGGUGCGCAAGGAGUCAUCCUUGUAUAUGACGUCACAAAGCGUGACACUUUUACAAAGCUCGAAAACUGGCUGAACGAAUUAGAAACCUAUACCACACGCAACGACAUUGUAAAAAUGCUGGUCGGAAACAAAAUUGAUAAGGAUGACCAUGAAGUGGACAGAAACGAAGGCUUGAAGUUUGCUAGGAAACACUCAAUGCUUUUUAUUGAGGCCAGUGCAAAGACCAAAGACGGCGUCCAGUGUGCCUUUGAGGAGCUUGUGGAGAAAAUCCUCCAGACUCCAGGGCUUUGGGAGAGUGAAAGCCAGGGCCAGAAGGUCCGUCUGGGGGACCAGGAGCAGGCCAGUGGCAGGGCAUGUGGAGGAUACUGUUCCAUACCGUGAAACUGAAAAAAAAUGAAAAAAGCACCAACGUGAUAGGAAUGACUACGGACCAGAACCAGAGAGCAAAAGAGAGAAAGAGAAGGAGAGAGAGAUGUGGAAGCGGAUGAGUACUUUAAAAAAAAAAAAAAAAA